UGAGCAGGCAGAGUCUCUCACAGCCCGGCGCCAUUGCACACACAACUACUGCUGCAACUCAGCAUUCGCGGGGAGGAGGGAAAAAAGAACAUAGGGAGGAGAGGGAAAAAAAGCUGAGAAAAAGAUUUGGGCGCAUUUGUAAAUGAAUGGACUGUGCACAGAAGGUGAGACGUGACAUUAGUGGGAGUUUGAUUCAGCGAGGGAUGAAAAGAAAAAAGUGAAAGCACCAAAGUUCCUUUUGAGUUGAGGAGACAAAGGAAGCUGGUGGUUUGAUUCAGUCGCGAGCAUUCAAGCAUGCCAUCGCCUCACUGUUCCACAGUUUCACAAUGAACUAUAACACCAGUGCCAAUAGAAGCGUGGGAAACAACACUACACAUGACGAUGGUGGAGUCAUAAUUGCGGAAUCAGUUGCCAUCAUUGUCAUUGCUGUGUUGAUCUGCCUGGGAAACCUGGUGAUUGUCGUAACUCUUUACAAGAAAUCUUACCUCUUGACACCAAGCAACAAGUUUGUCUUCAGCCUGACUCUUUCCAAUUUUCUGUUAUCUGUUCUGGUGCUCCCUUUUGUUAUUGCGAGCUCCAUCAAGCGAGAAUGGAUCUUUGGAGUGGUUUGGUGUAACUUCACAGCCCUGCUGUACAUGCUUAUCAGCUCAGCCAGUAUGAUGACCCUUGGAGUCAUUGCAAUAGAUCGGUACUAUGCUGUUGUUUACCCAAUGGUAUAUCCUAUGAAAAUAACUGGGAAUCGUGCUGUUGUUGUGAUUGCAUACGUGUGGCUGCACUCACUGAUUGGAUGUCUUCCUCCUCUCUUUGGCUGGUCUACAUUUGAGUUUGACCAAUUCAAGUGGAUCUGCAUAGCUGCAUGGUACAAAGAACUAGGUUACACUGUCUUUUGGCAGAUUUGGUGUGCACUGUUGCCAUUUUUAGCCAUGGUCAUUUGCUAUGGCUUUAUAUUCCGUGUGGCUCGGCUGAAAGCCCGUAAAAUCCACUGUGGAACUAUUAUAGUCGUGCAAGAAGAAUCCAAUAAGGACGGAAGAAAAAAUUCCAACACCUCUACCUCUUCAUCAGGGAGCAGAAGGAACACCAUCAAUAACAUUGUUUAUUCAGCCAAUCAAUGUAAAGCCUUGACAACUAUAUUGAUUGUGAUUGGUGCUUUUGUUGUCACAUGGGGCCCCUACAUGAUAGUGAUUAGUACAGAAGCACUUCACGGAAAAGGCACUGUGUCUCCAGGAGUGGAGACAUUGGUAAUAUGGCUAUCCUUUACUAGUGCAAUUUGUCAUCCAGUUAUCUAUGGACUGUGGAAUAAAACGGUACGCAGAGAGCUGCUGGGGAUGUGCUUUGGUGACAGAUACUACAGGGAUUCAUUUAUUCAACGUCAGAGGACUUCUAGGUUAUUCAGCAUCUCCAAUCGCAUCACAGAUUUGGGAUUGUCUCCUCAUCUCACAGCCAUGAUGGCUGGUGGACAAUCACUAGGACACAGCAGUAGUACUGGAGAUACAGGAUUCAGCUUUUCUCAGGAUUCGGGCACUGAUGUCAUGCUGUUGGAAGAUUUCAAUUCAGAUGGAACUCAUUAUUCACACCACAACUAUUGUUCAAAUCGAAGACGGAGUUCUGUGACAAUAGAUGAACUACCAGAACCACAAGAAGAAGUUGAUCAGUCUUCAGUCCUGCAAAUCAAAGCAGAUGUUCACAAAACUCUGGAUAAUUUUGCUGCCAGUUUGGCCAAAGCUAUUGAGACGGAUGCCAAAAUGAGCCUUUUUGGAGAGUGCGGUUUACCUGGAGAUUUGUUUACUAUUAUUAAAACUGUACCUGGAGGUACCAGCAAAGGAAACAAAAUCUCUGCAGGUCAGAGAUUGAGGCUGGAGAGUAUUGAUGAAGGAAUUGUUAAUGAUGGUACAGAGGAAGAUAGUGGUUGAGAGGAUUGAAACAUGCUUGCAAUAUAGAAAGGACAUGACAUUUAACACAUUUAUUUCACUGUGUUAGAUGUCUAAGGCUUAAAGUGUCUGUUACUAUGCUUUCAUUUGUUGUACAAUUGUUCAAAUAUUGAUAUAUAAACUGAUGGGAGAGUAAUUUAGUCAGUAGAAAGAUUUAAUGAAAAAUGGGAGAAGCCAAAGAAAUGAGUUUACAGCUUUGACAUCCAUGCACAUCCAAAAGUAGUUACUUCCAUAAUUUGGUUUAACAUACAGAAUUAAAUUUUUGAAAAGAAAAUCUGCAAGAGGAAGAAAGCUGGGAUUGUGCUAACUCUAGAAAGCAAAAAAUGUUAAAUAUUGUUACUUACUUCAGUGGCGGCUGGUGUUUAAGCCUGUGUGUGUAUUAUUGGUGGUGAGAAUGGGCACAUAGUUAAUCUGCUGCCAUAAUCAGCAGGUCCUUCCAAAAUGGUUAAUCAGCUAAUAGGAAACUGGGUGAUUCUUACCCCCUGAGCCUCAAUCCAAGCGUGUUCCAAGCAAACAUUAUGGGGGCUUGG